AUGAACCUUCCACUGUACCACUCGAGCUACCUUUGUUCCACAUGGACGACAUUCGUGAUUAGUGAUGAGCGGACGGCCAGGGAUCCAACUCAACUCAACUCAACUCAACUCAACUCAACCCAACUCAACUCAACCCAACUCAACUCAACUCAACUCAACCCGACCCAACCCAGGAGGAGUAGCAAUACUCAGCAAUCCAAACUCGAGCUGGUCAAGCACAGCUGUCUGCUUUGA